GCGACCCCUUAGGCUGGACAAGGAAAAACUACAAAGAAAUGAAAUGAGCCAAAGCGGCAAUCUGUUGAAAUGACUCAGAUGUAGCCAGCACAGGCCCUGGCUCACUACGUGUCCUUAAGAGAUUUUGCUCCUUGAAGUGGUGGCACCUAUGGUUGCAGCUAGUUAGGGACACAGGAAGUGAUGUUCCCCCUUCCUCAGAAGGAAUGCAGGGAGCCUGCCACCUGUCUGGGCUCGGCCUCCCCACAGGACAUGGGCCGAUACUGUCGGGGUGACGUGGAAGGAGAAUGCUCCAGAAGAGCAGAGCUGAAGCGGCCGGAGCUCUGUGGAGUUGGUGAUCCCAUCGCCAUGUUCUCCUCUGCCAGCUCCUGCCUGUCCUCCAGAGGCCGGGUCAUCAAAUGGUUCUGGGACUCGGCUGAGGAGGGCUACAGGACCUACCACAGGGAUGAGUAUGAUGAGGACAAGAACCCCAAUGGCGUCAUUAACUUGGGCACCAGUGAGAACAAACUCUGCUUUGACCUGCUGUCCAGGCGGCUGACUCAGAGUGACAUGCUGCGGGUGGAGCCGCCCCUGCUACAGUACCCUGACUGGAGGGGGCACCUGUUCCUCCGGGAGGAAGUGGCUAAGUUCCUGUCUUACUACUGCAAGAGCCCAGCACCCCUCAAAGCAGAGAAUGUGGUUGUUCUGAAUGGCUGUACCUCUGUCUUCUCUGCUCUGGCCACGGUGCUGUGCGAGGUGGGGGAGGCUUUCCUGAUCCCCACCCCUUACUAUGAAGGCAUCACGAGGCAUGUGUAUCUCUAUGGCAACGUCCGACUGGCCUAUGUCUAUCUGGACAGUGAGGUCACUGGGCAGGACACACGCCCCUUCCAGCUCACGGUGGAGAAGCUGGAGACGGCCCUGCAAGGAGCUAAAUCUGAGGGUGUCAAGGUCAAGGGCCUCAUCCUCAUCAACCCCCAGAAUCCUCUGGGGGACAUCUACUCCCCGGGAGAGCUGCAGGAGUUCCUGGGAUUUGCCAAGAGGCACUCGCUGCACGUGAUCCUGGAUGAAAUCUACAUGCUGUCAGUGUUCCAGGAGUCGCUGGAGUUCAGCAGUGUCCUGAGCCUGGAAAGGCUGCCCGACCCCCAGAGGACCCACGUACUGUGGGGCAUGAGCAAGGACUUCGGGAUGUCCGGGCUUCGCUUUGGCACGCUGUAUACAGAAAACCAGGAUGUGGCCACCGCUGUGGCUUCCCUCUGUCACUAUCACGGCCUUAGUGGUCUGGUCCAGUACCAGGUGGCACAGCUGCUCCAGGACCAUGACUGGAUCAACCGCGUGUACCUGCCUGAAAACCUUGCCCGGCUCAAGGCUGCCCACACCUACGUCUCGGAGGAGCUCAGGGCCCUAGGGGUCCCCUUCCUGAAUCGUGGGGCAGGUCUCUUCAUCUGGGUUGACCUGAGGAAGUACCUGCGCAAGGCCACCUUUGAGGAGGAGACGCUGCUGUGGCGCCGUUUUCUGGACAAUAAGGUGCUGCUGUCCUUCGGCAAGGCCUUUGAGUGUAAGGAGCCCGGCUGGUUCCGCGUGGUCUUCUCAGACAGGCCCCAGCGGCUUCGCCUGGGGAUGCAGAGGGUCCGGCAGGUGCUUGAGAGCAACCCCAAGUGACAGAGGAAGCCCCUCCCUCCCAGGGCAGAUGAGCUGCUCAGUGUCUGGUCAGCAGCCACUGCCUCCGACCUGGACGAUCUGGAUCUGGGGCUGCAAGACGGGCUGGACUUGCCCCAAGGACCUCUUUCCUGCCCGCCUGGGUGGCAGCAGGAGACUCCUUAAGCUGAGCUUCAUCUUGGCCAUUGCUGUCCCCUAUUAAACAACCUGGGACCAGCUAGA